AUGGACGUGAACAGUCUUGCUAUACUAUACUGGUAUUAUCGCCGUCAGCGUCGUAGAAAAAGAUUGUGGUUAAACCCAAUAGUACAAAGAAGAUCAACAGUUGGUGCCUUUACAACUCUAAUGCAGCAGUUAAGAAAUGAUCCACAAAAAUUUUUUAACUACUUUAGAAUGACUAUACCUACAUUUGAUAAUCUUUUGAAAAAAGUGGAAAAAGAUUUGAAAAAGCGUGAUACAAAUAUGAGGAAAAGCAUUAGACCAGAAGAAAAAUUAGCGAUAUGUAUAAGAUAUAUGGCUUCUGGGUGUUCAUACAAGGAUUUACAUUACGCCUACCGAGUCGGAGUGUCUACGAUCAGUAACAUUAUUAAGGAAGUAACGAAUGCUAUUUGGAACAAUUUGCAUGGGGAGUUUAUGACAUUACCCAACACAAUAUCUGACUGGGAAUAUAUCGCCAAUGGAUUUAAUACUAGAGCAAACUUUCCCCAUUGCAUUGGUGCAGUGGACGGUAAACAUAUUAGGAUAAAAAAGCCAAACAACAGUGGUUCCAUGUUUAUGAAUUACAAAGAUUUCUUUUCCAUCGUAUUAUUAGCAGUGGUUGAUUCAUAUUAUAAAUUUACAUACAUCUGUGUGGGCUCGUAUGGAAAAGAAUGCGAUUCGACAAUAUUCAAGGAGUGUACUUUUUGGAAAAAACUAAUAGAUGGUGAUUUGCAAUUACCGGCAGCAUGUCCACUGACAAACGAUUCCGAUUUAUCGAUUCCGUUUGUAGUAAUAGGCGAUGAAGGUUUUGGCUUGCAUCAACAUUUGAUGAGACCUUACGGCGGAAACCAUUUGGAUAGAAACAAAAGAAUAUAUAACUACAGAUUAACCAGAGCUCGACGCUAUGUUGAGUGCGCCUUUGGGAUAUUAGCUAACAAGUGGCGAAUAUUUCAUCGUCCACUGGAUGUUGAUACCAGCACAGCAAUAUCGAUUGUAAAGGCUUGCACUGUACUUCAUAAUUUUAUAAUAGAUAUGGAAGGUGUACAGUCGAACAUAGAAACAACAAGCAAUGUAUCAUCAGUGGUUAACGUGUUCACAGAUGCACCCAAUGAACAAAAUAGUACACGAGGUGGACGAUGUGCUAAUGUUAUACGAUCUGAAUUCACAAAUUAUUUUAUUUCUACAGCAGGAGCUGUGCCUUGGCAAGACGAAUCAAUCUAACGUUAAUUUUGUAACACACUGCUAAUGUACAAAUACUUAACCUGUUUACUUUAAAAAAUUACAAACUUACCAUAAU